AUGACAAGCGAACAAUUCCAACAAGCAGCCGCCUCCUCCGCAGAAGCAAUAUCAACCUACUACAACACCAUAGCCUCGCGUCCCGUCCUCCCCUCCAUCACCCCCGGCUACCUCCAAAAACUCCUCCCCACCGCUCCCCCAACCGAAGGCGAACCCUGGAGCGCCAUAGAACGCGACAUCGAGCGCGCCAUCAUGCCCGGCGUAACUCACUGGCAGCACCCGAAAUUCAUGGCCUUCUUCCCCGCCGCCACCACCUACCCCAGCAUGCUCGGCGAGCUCUGGAGCGCCGCCCUCUCCGCCCCGGCUUUCAAUUGGAUUUGCUCGCCUGUUGUUACGGAGCUGGAGACGAUUGUGCUGGAUUGGAUGGCGCUGAUGUUGCGUUUGCCAGAGUCGUUUCUUUCCCGCGGGGAGGGUGGGGGCGUUAUUCAGCUUUCGGCUAGUGAUGCUAUUGCUACUGUUAUGAUUGCUGCGAGGGAGAGGUGGAUUCGAAGGCAAUUGGAGCGCGAGGGCGUCAAGGGCGAAGAGGAAGUUGAGGACCGAUCGUGCGAGCUUAGAGGGAAAUUGGUGGCUCUUGGAUCGGAUCAGUCGCAUUCGAGCACGAAGAAAGGCGCCAUUGUCGCAGGCACGAGAUUCAGGACAAUCAUCACGCACCACGCCGACGCCUACGCCUUGAGCGGACACGAACUGCGGAAGAAGAUUGAAUCCCUGAAAGCCCAGGGCUUAGAACCAUACUAUCUAACCGUCACCCUCGGGACAACGAGCACGUGCGCAGUCGACGAUCUGCAAUCCAUCGCCCAAGUCGCAAAAGAUUACCCCGACAUCUGGAUCCACUGCGACGCCGCAUACGCCGGCAACGCCCUCAUCCUACCCGAAUACCAACACCUCUCCGAACAACUCGCCUUCGUCGACUCCUUCAACCCCAACAUGCACAAAUGGCUGCGUGUCAACUUCGAUGCGGCACUGCUGUAUGUGCAGAAGCGACGAGAUUUGACCGAUACGCUGAGCAUCACGCCCGCAUAUCUGCGGAAUCAAUUCACCGAAAGCGGACUGGUGACGGAUUACCGUGAUUGGCAGAUCCCGUUGGGGCGAAGAUUCCGAGCAUUGAAGAUCUGGUUCGUCAUCCGCACGUUUGGGAUUGACGGUCUGCGGGCUGCGCUGCGGCAUGGCAUUACAUUGGGUGAUCAAUUCGCCGGUCUCGUAAGAUCGCGAAGUGACCUCUUCAGCAUCCUCACUCCGCCCGCAUUCGGCUUGACGGUGUUCACCGUAAACCCGCAAAAAGGACUCCGCCCUAUGCUGAGGCGAGGGAAUGAAGUGACGAAAGAGGUGUUCGAGAUCAUCGACGGGCAGAAGGAGUUCUUCCUGACUUCCACCGUUGUUAACGGCGUGUAUGCGAUCAGAUUGGUGUCGGCAAAUCCGUCGGCGGAGGAGAAGUAUGUACGCGAGGUCUUUGACAUUUUGGUCAGUACGGCGGAGGAUGUGUUGCGGAAGCGUGAGGCUGGUGUACAUACGAACGGGUCGUAG